UCAAAGUAAUUCACACAUAUUUAUUUACAAUAGCACUAUACAUACUAGCCUCUUAAUUUUCUUAGUUGCACCACAAUGGAAUUUCCCAUUAUCAUUAAAACAUUGUUAUUAUUAUUGUUCAUUGCAUCAACCCAUGUAAGAACCACAACAACAACAACAACAACACUCUCCUCAAGCACAAACCUAUUCAGAGAAUACAUAGGAGCUGAUUCCAACAACAUCAAAUUCUCAGAUGUACCUAUCAACAAAAAUGUCCAAUUCCAUUUCAUUCUCUCCUUCGCUAUCGAUUACGACACGUCAUCUUCUCCUUCUCCCACCAAUGGAAACUUUAACAUCUUCUGGGACACAAAAAACCUUAACCCCUCCCAAGUUUCUUCCAUCAAGUCCCAAAAUUCAAAUGUCAAAGUUGCCCUCAGUCUUGGAGGUGACAGUGUUGAAGGUGGCUAUGCUUACUUUAAUCCAUCAUCAAUUGAUUCAUGGCUCUCUAAUGCAGUUUCUUCACUCACAAAAAUAAUCAAAGACUACAACUUGGACGGAAUCGACAUCGAUUACGAGCACUUCAAGGCAGACCCAGAUACCUUUGCCGAGUGCAUUGGAAGAUUAAUCAAAACACUUAAAACAAAUGGGGUCAUAACUUUUGCUUCUAUUGCUCCCUUUGAUGAUGAUGAAGUUCAGAAUCAUUACUUGGCCUUAUGGAAGAGUUAUGGUCAUCUCAUAGAUUAUGUUAAUUUUCAAUUUUAUGCAUAUGAUAAAGGAACGAGUGUGUCACAAUUUAUUGAUUACUUUAAUCAACAGAGUUCAAAUUAUAAUGGUGGGAACGUGUUGGUGAGUUUCAUUAGUGAUGGGAGUGGUGGAUUGUCACCAAGUGAUGGAUUCUUUACAGCAUGUCAUAGGCUUAAGAGUCAGCACAAACUUCAUGGUAUCUUUGUGUGGUCUGCUGAUGACUCUAUGGGAAAUGGUUUUCGCUUUGAGAAGCAAUCACAGUCACUUUUGGCUAUACAUUAGUGACUUCAAAACGGUAUACAUAUAUUGUGAAGAAUGAUUUUAAUAUGUACCACUCCGGUCUUGAAAAUAAACAAAAAUAUGAUAAAAAAAAAAUUGAUGUAUCUCAUUCAAAAUUUAGAGUAGAUACAAUCAUUUUGUUUGACCUAUUUUUGUUUGUAUUUGGAUUGGAUGGAGUAUUUAGUGAUACUCAUUAUGAGUUUAGUUUGUGUUGUGUUGUGAAUGAGUACAUGUAUGAUACUGAAAUAUAUCCUAAACAUUUUCUAUUAUUAAAUUUUUGGCUUAGA